AUUAGAUUAUAUUUAAAAAAAAAUAAAAAUAAGUGAAAAUUAUAUUUUUUCAACAUAAAAAAAUUUUGAUUUUUAUGAUCAAAAUUUUACUAAAUUUUUAGAUGAUCACCUAAUAACAAAUUAUUCCUCAUGGUUCUAUCAAACAAACAAAAACAUGUUAAAAUACGAAAUAAAUAAUACUACCAAGAUAAUAUAAAUAUCACAUCAUUAAUUACUUUAGACAAUUGACCCCACAUUCAACUGGAAUCAUUGACCACGUCCAUUUUGAUCAACUAUACCAAUAAACAAGGAAUGAAAAUUGGGAUCAAGAAAAUGUAGUGAUUAGCACAGCUUAUUCCUUCAUGUCCAUUGGUCAUCUACUUAAAUCAUUUUUCUCUCGCCCAAAAUUCGGAUCCUUCUUCCUCCCUUUCUCUCUCUCUCAAUUCAUUCUUUUCUGGGUUUUCGUUUUGUGUCCUAAAGGCUAAAGCUCCAAUUUGUCCAGAACUUUUGUACGUUUGUUCUUGCAACCAACUCCUCCUUUCGUUUCACUUUCCUAUGAUAAUGUCUUGGAACCUUCAUUCCCCCUUUUAACCCCCACUUUCCUCUCUUUUUCUUUUUCACCGUGUAGGACAUAUUGUUCAUAUUUUAUACUUUUAAGUAAUUGUUUAAGUAAUCUCUAUAUAGAAGAAGAAAAGGAGAAGAAGAAGAUAUAUGUGUAUUUCAUUGUGUUGUAAUUAAACAAGAGAAAGUAUGGAAAGCUAUUUGAAUGAGAAUUUUGGAGGAGUGAAGGCGAAACACUCGUCCGAGGAGGUGCUGAAGAGAUGGAGGAGCUUAUGUGGUGUUGUAAAGAACCCAAAACGUCGUUUUCGUUUCACCGCUAAUUUGUCCAAGCGUUAUGAAGCUGCUGCUAUGCGCCGUACUAAUCAUGAGAAACUGAGGGUAGCAGUUCUAGUUUCAAAGGCUGCAAUUCAGUUUAUACAAGGCGUGCAACCAAGUGAUUACACUGUCCCAAAGGAAGUCGAAGAUGCUGGUUUUCAUAUUGACGCUGAUGAGCUAGGAUCCAUUGUUGAAAGCCAUGAUCUGAAAAAAGUGAAAUUUCACGGAGGAGUGGAUGAGAUUGCAAAUAAGUUGUCCACGUCAAGUACCAAUGGGCUAUCUACUGAUAAUGAAACUGCCCUAACUCGCAGACAGGAACUUUUUGGAGUUAACAAAUUCCAAGAAAGUGAAGCUCGAAGCUUUUGGCUGUUUGUUUGGGAAGCCCUUCAGGACAUGACUCUCAUGAUUCUUGGUGUGUGCGCUUUUGUUUCUCUGAUUGUUGGCAUUGUCAUGGAGGGAUGGCCUGUAGGGGCUCAUGAUGGUCUUGGUAUUGUAGCUAGUAUUUUGCUGGUGGUCUUUGUUACAGCAACAAGUGAUUAUCGUCAAUCCUUGCAGUUCAGAGACCUUGACAAAGAGAAGAAGAAAAUAUCCAUCCAGGUAACUAGAAAUGGAUACAGACAAAAGAUGUCCAUAUAUGAUCUAGUGCCUGGUGAUAUAGUUCAUCUCGCGAUAGGAGAUCAAGUCCCUGCUGAUGGACUCUUUCUUUCAGGAUUUUCUGUUUUAAUUGAUGAAUCCAGCUUGACUGGAGAAAGUGAGCCAGUAAUGGUCAAUGCUCAAAAUCCUUUUCUUCUUUCUGGAACCAAGGUUCAAGAUGGUUCUUGCAAGAUGCUGGUUACAACAGUUGGGAUGAGGACCCAGUGGGGAAAACUAAUAGCAACUCUCAGUGAAGGCGGAGAUGAUGAAACUCCAUUACAGGUUAAACUCAAUGGAGUGGCAACAAUCAUUGGAAAGAUAGGCCUUUUCUUUGCUGUUGUUACUUUUGCAGUACUGUUGCAAAAAAUGUUUGGCAGAAAACUGCUAGAAGGAUCCCACUGGAGCUGGUCUGGGGAAGAAGCUAGGGAAAUCUUGGAAUACUUUGCCAUUGCAGUUACCAUUGUGGUUGUUGCAGUUCCUGAGGGUCUUCCACUGGCUGUGACCUUAAGCCUUGCUUUUGCAAUGAAAAAGAUGAUGAAUGAUAAGGCCCUUGUCCGCCAUCUAGCAGCUUGUGAGACAAUGGGAUCAGCUACAACCAUCUGUAGUGACAAAACUGGCACACUAACAACCAACCGCAUGACUGUAGUGAAAACAUGCUUCUGUAUGAAUGUCAAAGAUGUGAGCAAACCAGGUGAUGCAUCUGCACUUUGUUCUGAAAUGCCAAAUUCUGUGGUCAAAACUUUGCUGCAGUCGAUUUUUAACAACACGAGUGGAGAAGUUGUAGCCACAAAGGGCAAGAAGCGUGAGAUGUUGGGAACCCCAACUGAAACUGCUAUAUUGGAGUUUGGUUUAGCACUUGGUGGCGAUUUUCAAGCAGAACGACAAGCAGGAAAGCUCGUGAAAAUUGAACCGUUUAACUCUACUAAGAAGAUGAUGGGCGUGGUGCUUGAGCUUCCUGAAGGAGGUUUAAGGUCUCAUACUAAAGGUGCUUCAGAAAUAAUUUUGGCUGCCUGUGACAAAGUAAUCAACUCAAAUGGUGACGUUGUUUCCUUGGAUGAAACAUUAAGAAAUAAUCUUAAUGCCACCAUUGAGCAGUUUGCCACUGAAGCUCUUCGUACCUUGUGUCUUGCCUAUAUGGAUCUGGACAAUGGAUUCUCUCCUGAUGAUGCUAUUCCACUCUCUGGGUACACUUGCAUAGGAAUUGUAGGUAUAAAGGAUCCCGUUCGUCCUGGAGUCAGGGAGUCUGUUGCACUUUGUCAUUCAGCAGGCGUGACUGUUCGGAUGGUCACUGGAGAUAACAUUAAUACUGCAAAAGCCAUAGCUAGGGAAUGCGGUAUACUGACAGAUGAUGGUAUCGCCAUUGAAGGACCAGUUUUCCGGGAACUGAGUCAAGAGGAAAUGCUUAAAGUGAUUCCCAAAAUUCAGGUGAUGGCUAGGUCUUCUCCGCUAGACAAGCACACAUUGGUAAAGCAAUUGCGGACAACAUUCAAUGAAGUUGUUGCAGUCACUGGUGAUGGGACCAAUGAUGCUCCUGCACUUCAUGAAGCAGAUAUUGGACUUGCAAUGGGCAUCGCUGGAACUGAGGUGGCCAAAGAGAGUGCUGAUGUUAUCAUACUGGAUGACAACUUCUCCACAAUUGUUACAGUAGCCAAAUGGGGACGCUCAGUCUACAUAAAUAUUCAGAAAUUUGUUCAGUUUCAGCUGACGGUUAAUAUUGUCGCGUUGAUAGUUAACUUCGCUUCAGCUUGUGUGACAGGAAGUGCUCCCCUUACUGCUGUUCAACUUCUGUGGGUCAACAUGAUCAUGGAUACCUUAGGAGCACUUGCUUUAGCGACAGAGCCCCCAAAUGAUGAAUUAAUGAAAAGAGCGCCAGUAGGGAGGAAAGGGAACUUUAUCAGCAACAUCAUGUGGAGGAAUAUCUUGGGCCAAUCCUUAUAUCAGUUCUUAGUUAUAUGGUUCCUACAAGUAUAUGGGAAAACAAUAUUCUUGCUUGAUGGCCCGGAUGCUAACCUUACCCUCAACACAAUUAUUUUCAACUCAUUCGUCUUCUGCCAGCUUUUCAAUGAAGUGAACUCCCGAGAGAUGGAAAAAGUUGAGGUUUGGGAAGGCAUACUAGACAACUAUGUAUUUGUGACAGUUGUAGGGGUAACUUUUUUCUUCCAAAUCAUAAUCAUCGAAUAUCUUGGGAAAUUUGCCAACACCACUCCCCUCUCAUUUGGUCAAUGGUUCAUAAGUGUAUUUUUCGGGUUCUUGGGCAUGCCAAUUGCUGUACACUUAAAGAAGAUGGAGGUAUGAAGUUCCUGAAUUAGUGUUGCUAGAUCUUUUGUACAAUCACUUGAAGGAGGAGCUGUUCAUAGUAACUCAUUCUAUGUGGACCUCUUUGCCCCAGCUAGGAGGAGGAAAAGAAGUAACAAAUCUUGGUGCAUUAUAGCAUCACUAACAUAGUUGUAAGAUACCAAAUUUUUCUUCUAUUUCCCUGGUUUUUCUUUGUAUUGAAGAAACAAAAGGAGGCAAACAUGGGGCUUAGGACAUAUAGCUCAAGCUUGUAAAGCAACUUCCAGUAGUUUACAUCAAUUUCAGUGCAUAGAAACAAUGCUGCUCCUUCAAACUAUUUGUUCUGUGACUACCUAUUUUAACUGCUGAUCAUGAAGAUAUCUUUUGCUUCAA